AGAUUUGAAAUUCGAAAUUCAAAAGAGUCUACUCUCCUCUUGCCUCGUCUUCUUCUUUCAUUUCACUUCCAACAGAACUCAGCAAUGGAUUGCGACGAACCUCCCUCUCCCUCUCCCUUUCCCCAUUCUUCUUCCCUUCUGAAGGACAUUUCCAACUUCACAACCCCCAGACGACCCCCAUUCUCUCUCACCGCCCAAUCUCCCUCCACCCAAUUCUUCACCGCCUCCAAGCACGCCUCCUUCCUCCGCCGUCCCAACAAAUCAACCGCCGCCAAGAAACUCAAGGCCUUCCAAUUGGAGCAAUCCCAGUCCUCCCGCAAGGCCCAAAUAAAAAAGGAGCAGUCCCUCAAAUCCCUCGCUAAGUCCCUAUCCGUUUGGCUCAACUUCUUACUCCAAAACCCUACUUCCUGCGGCUGCCACUUCUCCGCCCCUGCCGAUGCCGCUCCCUCCCCUAGCGGCAAGCGAGACGGCGCCCCCCCAACCUCCGUCGCCGUCGAUUCCACGUGGCGAACUCCCAAGCGCCCGAGGAAGACGUCCUUUGCUAAGGACAGUGCACCCGCGGAUGUUCCUGAUCCCUCAUUUUCUCACCUCAGGGAUUCUCUCAAGGACCUCUGCAGUUUCGAUGAUUUGAAGCAGCGAAUGAGGGUUUAUCUUAGCCUCGCAGCUUGUAAAGAGAUCUUCCAACAAAUGAAUCGCGUCACCAAGACUAUUGAUGAAGGGAGGCUGAAUAUGAAGGCGCAUUGCCCUGUAGUAACCGAACUUGGGUUGAAGGAUAAGGCCACCAGAAUCCUCAUGUGUUAUAAUCCAAUUUGGCUGCGAAUUGGAUUGUAUAUAAUUUUUGGGGGUGAUUCCUUGGUGUUAAAUGGUGAUGUUGAUUCUGAUCAAGAUGUUGUGUUCUUGAGAAUGGUCAUUGAUAAAUUAUUUUUCUCGCACGAGGGUUUAGCUAAAGCGUAUGCUUAUAACAAGAUGGUUGAAGGCGUCUACAGGUCGGGUUACUAUGAGAAUUUGGGGAAUGUGAUUUUGAAGAGAAUUUUGUUGCUUGUGCUUGUUCUGGAUAAAGCUAAAUGCCAGAGUUACCUCCCACUGGAAUAUGGUAUUGAUGGAUUGGAUGGGGGUUCCCCUUUGUUAUUCAAACCAGAAUCCAGGAUUAAAUCAAGUAGUCAGCUGAUUCAUGAAUUUCUAUCGUCUGAUGUAAUGCAUGGAGAAGGCAAUCUUCUAACGCAUUUGGUGAUUUUAGGUUACAAAUUAUCUCAUCAACAGGAGCCUCUUGUCGAGUAUGAUUUCAGGGUCAGAGAUUUGUUUGUAGAUCUCCAAGAUGGAUUAAAAUUGUGCAGAGCAAUUCAGCUUUUGCAGCAGAAUUCUUCGAUCCUCAUGAAAAUCGUGGUUCCCCCUGAUACUUCUAAGAAAAAACUGGCCAACUGCGCUCUUGCCCUAAAAUAUAUUAGGCAAGCUGGUGGGUCACUACUUGAUGAAGAUGGCAUUACGAUUGUGGCAGAUGAUAUUGUUAAUGGAGACAAAGAACUUACACUCUCCUUGCUCUGGAAUAUGUUUGUUCAUUUGCAGCUACCUCUUUUGGUUGAUAAAACAAGUUUAGUUGGGGAAAUUUCUAAAAUUCGAGGAUUUGGCACGGAUCUUAUAAACAAUGCGAAUUCUAGUUCUCUUGAAUUGCUUUUGAAUUGGAUUCAGGCAGUUUGUGACAGUUAUGAUUGUACAAUUGACGAUUUCCAUUCCCUUGUGGAUGGCAAAGCUAUCUGGUGCUUACUUGAUUACUACUUCCAGAAAGAACUUCAUAAUUCCUGUUCAUUGAAGGAAGUUAAUAAGAAAAGUGGCAAAGCAUCAAUUAUGUCAGUCAACGAAUAUUCAGAUGCACUUUAUAAUUUUAUAUUAUCCCAAAAGUUGACUACAUUACUGGGGAACUUCCCAGAGGUACUCCAAAUUAGUGAGCUACUUCAAUAUAAUGGUGCUUGCAGCGAUAGAAGCGUGGUGAUUUUGUUGGUUUUCCUAGCAAGCCAAUUAUUUGUCAAGAAAAAUGUGGAUCACUUAAAUUUCCAUAAACUCUUGGGUUAUGACUGUCAAAGUCCAAACCGUAGACAUUUGAGGAUGGUACGGUGUCUUUCAAAUUUUGAAUCAGUACAAAAGACUGAUGCUUUCGAUGUGCAUGGCAAUGGAGAUGCUGCGAGAAAAUUCAAGGCCAUCCAAGCUUGGUGGGAAGAUAUGGCGGAAAGAAACCGUAUCAAUAAACCAGCUGUCUCUAGUUUGCAAAUAUCCAGAACCACUGAAUGCAGCACCAACAUUAGAAGAGAAAAUGCUGCAAGAACAAUACAACUGCAUCUCAGAGGAUUGGUUGUACGGCGCAAAUUUCUGAAGAUGGUAAAUGCAGUUGCCCUUUUGCAAACUGUUUUCAGAGCUUGGCUAAAAGUGAAGCAAGAGCCAGUAUGCAUGAUAUUAUCUUCUGUACGAGUUUGUGACUCUUCAUGUGAAAUAUUGAAGCAAUCAGAGACAUAUAAGAGAUAUGCUAUGCUUUUCAUACAUAGACAUUCCUUUCUGAGGUUGAAGAGGUCAGCACAACUUAUCCAGCAAGCAGUUAGGAGUUGGCUCUGUAGGAGGCAUCAGCAAGAAUGUAGUAUAGGUCCUACUCAUAAUCUUAUGAUUUCAGAUAUGGUGGUGGCUGCAGUCACUGUUCAGAAAUUUGUUCGUCGUUGGAUGGCACAAUCUAGAUAUAUUCAUCAGCUAGAGCAGAAAGAGAAAGCUUUAAAUUUUUCCCAACAGAAAGUCACUUUUGAUCUUCAAACAAAUGCAGCCAUUACCAUUCAGUUCGCUUGGAAAAAGUUCAUAUGCUGCAAGUCUACUCGGAAGCAACACUUUUUUGCUACUAAAAUUCAACAAAAUUUCCAUAGGUGGUUGUUGAGAAAAAGGUUUUUAAAUCAGAUUCAAGCUGUCAUAAAAAUCCAAUCUUACUUUCGAAUGUGGAGAUGUGUAAAUGCUUUUCAGCACUUCAAAAUUGAGUUUAAGGCAGCUGUAGUCAUUCAAUCUUUCUUUCGAGGAUGGUUUGCACAAAAGGAUGCUUGUGCACGUAGGAAUCAUAUUGUUGAAAUUCAAAAGCAUUGCCGUGGUUGGCUUGUGAAACGGGACUUCUUGUUCCAAAGAGAUGCUGUAAUAAAGAUCCAGUGUGUGAUUCGAAGCUUGAAGUGCCAGAAGGCUCUCAAUUGCCAGAAAGAUGCUGCUUUGGAGAUCCAGCGUUUUAUAAGGGGGCAUUUAUCUCGGAAUCAGCUAUUAGGUAGUGCUUCCAAGUCACGCAGAGCUAUUCCUGCUAGUCACAUUUCAAGAUCAUUUGGUCUUUGUAGUUUUCAACUGGAACUAUUCUUGUUCUCGGUUGUGAAAUUGCAACGAUGGUGGAAGGGUUUCCUGUUGCUUAAAUUAAUGAAUAAGUCGGCCAUCAUUAUUCAGUCAUGUAUCCGUGGGUGGAUAGUCAGGCGAAAAGCUACUGUUUACAGACACCAUCUUGUCAUCCAAGAAAAUGCUGCGUUGGUGAUUCAACGCUAUAUUAGGGGGAAUUUAACUCGAAAUCGGAUACUAGGUGGUACUUCUAACGUAAGUGCAGUCAUUCCUGCUGGAUGCAUUUCCAGACCAGUUGGCUGUCGUAGUUUCCGACUGGAACUAUUUUUGCUUUCGGUUGUGAAAUUACAACGAUGGUGGAAGGGUCUCUUGUUAAAAAAAUUGAUGACAAAGUCUGCUAUUGUCAUUCAGUCUUGUACUCGUGGGUGGAUAGCCAGGCGAAAGGCCACUAUUCAAAGACAUCGUAUUACUGUCAUCCAAUCCCACUGGAAAGGUUACCUUGCACGUAAAGAGUCAAAAGAACAGUUAUUAGAUUUGCGCGUGAGAAUGCAAAAGUCUGCCAGAAAUGUGGAUGACAGCAAGCGUCUCAUAAACAGACUCUUAGCAGCGCUUUCAGAGCUACUUAAUAUGAAGAGUCUUAGUAACAUCCUUCAUACUUGUUCAACUUUGGAUAUGGCUACAGGGCAUUCUCAGAAAUGUUGUGAAGAACUUGUGGCUGCAGGGGCUAUUGAUACCUUGCUGAGGCUAAUUCAAACAGUCAGCCGGAGUAUACCUGAUCAGGAGGUUCUAAAGCAUGCUUUGUCAACUCUCCGAAAUCUCGCCCGAUAUCCUCAUCUACUUCAAGUUCUGAUCCAAACUCGUGGCUCUGUACAGAUAAUCGUCUUGGAGUUAUUGAGGAAUAAAAACGAGGGCUACUUCGUUGUUUCUGAACUUUUGAAGAAGAUAUGUUCAACUCGUAUAGGCGUUGAAACGAUAUUCAAGUCCCCUGCCCUGCUAAAACGACUGCACGGUCUUGUUGAGAAAAGGCAAUGCAGAGAUCCUAGGGCUCCUAGCCUGGCUAUCAAAGAAAACAGAGAUCCUAGGACCACUAGCCGGGUAAUCAAAGAAAACAGAGAGAGAAGAUCGAAGGAGGCUGCUGAGAUUCUGAAGCUGUUAACAAGUGCAUGAAGUUUUUUUUUUUUUUAUUAAUUUUUUUUUUAAUGAAGUUUUGAUUCUAUGUGCAAGGAAUCAAGGUUCGUUCGCUACCUAUUUUUACAUGCUGUCCUCAUCUCGUGGAUUUUGGAAUGAGAUUUGUUGAUAGUUCAUGACUAACCUUCGUAUGAAAGUAAACAAUUGAUAGAAAAUGGCGAAUCGCUGCCGUUUUUACAGGAGUUUUA